AUGGCACACGCCGCCGAGGCUACCCAGGCUACCAAUGUUAUGAUUUACGAAUUCGCACCUGGUGGCCGUAACAUCGUCAUCUUGGGUGACUCCGACCAGUGCCGAUUCAUCUGUAAUGGCCAAGAGUGUAUUACGCUUAAUGGUCUAUCGACAUUGGACAAGGUCUCUCAACAGCUGCGUUCCGAGACUGCUUUGCUGCCUCUAGCGUUGAACGUGCUCGGUGCUUCCCUCUCUACCAUGGUGGAAUUUCUCGAAGGGCUCGACAGCGAACAGAUUGCCAAGGUUCGAGCUGUCCGCAUUGUCAUCUCGAGCCAUUGCGGCUACGAACCAUUCCUCAUGGAAUACGGUACAACUCGCUUCGAAGAGCCUGAAGCGCAUGUCCACAGUCUGGAGAAGGCGGGACGAUUACUGCGAGGAAUGACAGCUCUCAAGUAUGUCGAGGUCAUCUGGGAAAAGUAUUUCCUCCAUGGCGUUCUGCAUAAGUUCCUCCACGACACCGUGCGAACAGAGUUCCAGCUCAAGAAGGAUGUCGAGCUGUUCAUGCCGAUUCUUGGUCAGCUCUGGAAAGCGUAG